UCUUACGAUCGUGACUAAAAUAACAUCAUCCUAAUUGAGCCAACGCAGUGCGUAUAGCACUUGCGCAAAAUUUUCUCGGUUUGACUAAUUCUUACAUAACGGACGCGUUUUCUAACCAAAUUUAUCGCUAUUUUCUCUUUUUAAAAAACUCUCUCCUAUUUCUUUUGACACGGUUACCGACGAAAUACCCUGCGGUGAGUGAGCCCACAUGCCUAAGGUCCAGACUCUCAGACUGUGUUGCUUUUACUCCCACUACGCGUGCAACUUCGAAUAAGUAAGCAUCAUGCAAAAACAUAUUCAAGUGAAAUUUCGCUAGUGAACGAGGGGGACUUCCCCACUGAAGUGCUACCAAAAAAUGAUCGCUAAAAAAGUGGAAGAAUUCAUCCUGGAAACGAUUCUGGAUCAAAACUGGCCAUUGUUGCUGUCGUUUAUAUGUUUUAAUCUAGCUUAUGCAAUAGCCAAGUUCCCACUGUGCUCUUUUCUCUUGUCCAUCGCCGGAUUCGCUUUCUUGAUUUCAGUCUACUUUGGAAUUCUCUCGAUUGUAUCUACUGGACGUGCUGUUUUGAUCACCGGGUGUGAUUCGGGAUUUGGAAACGAGCUGGCGAAGAAAUUAAAUGCAAUAGGGUUCACCGUCUUUGCGGGUUGUUUGGACGAGAAGAGCAAUGGAGCCAUCGAACUAAACAGAACUGGCGAUGAAACGGGACAACGGCUUCAUGUCAUUCAAAUGAACGUCACCAAACAGGAAGAGGUGGACAAAGCUCUCGACUAUGUGGAGAAACAUCUUCCGGAGAAUGGACUCUGGGGUGUCGUUAAUAAUGCUGGACAAUACGGCAGUCCAGGUUGUUUCGAAUGGAUUCCAACGCAUGUUCUCGAGAAGGAAAUGUCGGUUAAUUUGUUUGGCGUUAUCCGCGUGACCAACGCUUUCCUGCCACUAGUCCGUAGGAGCCAAGGAAGGAUCGUGAAUGUUUCCUCAAUCAUGGACCGCAUGACAUCUCCGUUUUCUGGUUGUUAUACUAUUACAAAAGGCGCCAUUGAAUCUUAUUCGGCCAUUCUUCGACUGGAAAUGAAACGUUUCAACGUCCAAGUCGUCGUGAUUGAACCGGGUAACUUCAUGGCGGCCACGAAUAUUAAUAAAAGCAACGCUGGUGAAGAUACUUGCCAAUCACGUCGCUUGUGGGAUCAAUUGGACGAGAAAAUCAAAAACGAUUACGGAGAGGAAUGUUUCCAACAAGUAAUUUCCAUCAAUCGGAAGCUGGCAGAAAUUUCGACCGGAGAACCCCAUACUGUUGUUGAUGCCAUGGUGAACGCAGUUUCCCGACUCUAUCCAAAGAACCGAUAUUUCGUAGCCAACAUGUCAGAUAAAAUAAUGGCUUAUGGAAUGCAGUUUUUGCCACUCUGGAUUAGCGAUCGUCUGUUGUUGGCCAUUAUAGAUAAUCCCGUUCUAUUCGAUAGUAUGCAAUAUUUCAAAUAUGCCGUUUUGAUUCCUUUUUCCGCCACUUUACUUUGGUUAGGUGCAAUGAUUUGUAUGUAACGUUUAAUAAAUAAGAAUGGACAGCACAAUUUCAUUUUGCCCUCGAGUAUAAUAUCGCCAUUUGUUUUAACGCGCUUUCUUGUGGCGCUAACGACUAUACUUAUCCGCAAGAAUCCCCAAUGAUAUGGCCAGAAGCAUAUAGCCUUAAUGCAUAUCACUUAUAUACAACCGAAUUCUUUCUUCCACUUUCUCUCUGUCAGUACUACUCAGCAGCAACUAUACUACUUCUGUUGUGUAAAGACAAAUUCAGAAUAUUAAAUUAAUUCACUUGGAAA